AUGGUUUCGGAAAACUUGAGGUUGUUAGCGAAAGAUAAUAUUGCAUUACAUUUAAUUACUGUGCAUCAUAUAGCUGACUAUGAAAACAUAGAAGAGCAAACUGAAGCAAUUGUAACAAUAGAACGUCUACAAGAAAUCUGUUCCAUAAUUUAUGAAAUGUUCAAAGAAUUAAAGGAAACAUUCACUAAAUCAUGGUCACCAAAUUUAUGGUACAAUGAAGAUGACAGAAAUAGAAGUGUUGAUUUGGUUUGUCUAUGUUUUAUAAAUUAUGUAAAUAUUAACUCAAUGCAUUAUUUAGGUUGA